AUGAGCAAACUACUCGACGCUAAUUUAUUCAUUAACAAUGAGCUUGUUCCUGCAACAUGCGGGCAAACCCUCCCCCUUUAUAGUCCUGUGACUGGGGAGCAAGUUGCUGUUGUUUCCCAAGCCAAUGAAAGGGAUAUAGAUUCUGCCCUCGAUGCUGCUCGCGAGGCGUAUCCUAUCUGGCAGAAGAUCUCUUUCGAACAAAGGGCAAAGCUUUACAACCGGCUAGCCAAUCUCAUUUUGCAGCACCGCGAUGAACUUCAUGAACUUGAAGCAAUGUCAAUGGGAAAGCCCUACGGCAACUUUGCUUUCGAUAACUGGGCCUGUGCCUCUCUCUUUAGGAUGUAUGCCAACAUGGAGCUCCAAAUCCAUGGGAAGUCUAGCCUCAACACUCCGGGCAUGAUUAACUUAACCCUGAAGCAGCCUUAUGGUGUGGUUGCUGCCAUCAUCCCCUGGAAUGUCUCUUUGAUCAUGUUUGCCAUGAAGGUCGCGCCGGCGCUCGUGGCUGGAAAUGCCAUCAUCGUCAAGUCCAGUGAGAAGGCUCCGCCUGCGGUCUUGAAAGUAGCCGAGCUCAUUAAAGAGGCCGGUUUCUCCGCCGGUCUCGUUAAUGUUAUUUCUGGCGACGGAAGAACCGGCGAUCUACUUGCCCGGAACAUGAGGAUUGGGAAGAUUUCCGUCACCGGCUCCGUGGCGACCGGAAAGAAGGUUGCCCAGGCAGCUGCGGCCUCCAACCUGAAGAAUGUGACCCUGGAACUUGGCGGCAAGUCGCCUGCAGUUAUAUUCGCCGAUGCAGAUCUUGAUACUGCUGUAGCCGCGACUGAGAUCUCCAUUCAUGUUAACUCUGGCCAGCAUUGCCAAGGAAAUAGCCGAAUCUUGAUUGAAGAAUUUAUCAUUGACACCUACCUUGAAAAGCUCAUCAAGUUGAUGAGUUCUCGAAAGAUAGGUGACCCAACUGACAAACCUACCUUCCAAGGUCCUCAGGGCGACAAACAACAGCAGAGGAAUGUCUUGGAGUUAAUUAAUGAGGGGAAGCAGGCUGGUAAACUUGUCUAUACUGGACAGGUGCCAGAGGGCAAUGGUGCCUUUGCUCCCCCAACUAUCUUCAAGAAUGUUGGCAGAGAUUCACGAAUCUUCCAAGAAGAAGUCUUUGGCCCUGUAGUUAUUGCCAAUUCGUUCAAGACAGAGGAAGAAGCCAUUAAGAUCGCCAAUAACACGCAGUACGGCCUUCACGGUAAGUCAUAUGUGAGAUCACCCUAUAUCGUACAUCUUUCCAACUUAGAGGUUACAGCAUCCUACAUGGCUCCUGACGAGAUACUUAAAGGACUUGACAUGCCUGUUGGAGGCUGGAAACAGUCUGGCAUCGGAUCCGAGAUGCAUAUGUACUCGGUCGAGAACUUCCUCCAGACAAAGGCGGUAUGCUUCAAGCAUGGAUUUCAAGGUUUUGGGGGACAUUGA